CCGAGGACGGCGAUGCGGAUGCGAUGCUCGAAGCGUCGCUGUGGCUGAUCGUGAAGUGGCGCUUCAGAAACGUCGGGUUCACUUUCCUUCUUGCCUUCUGUUCGUCUGUUGUUAUUUGUGUUUUCGACUCGGCGAGUUGUGUCCAUCAGGUGGCGUCCGCAGACAGAUGCGAUCGGCGGGAAUGACCCCCUCGAGCCCCCGUCCCACGCCCUCUGAUCGUCCUUCCGCAUUCGGACGAUGCGCUCGCCCGAACCCCGCCAUUCGCCUUUGCCGCGCCAUUCGCCUCUGCCCCAUCAUUCACCUCUGCCCUAUCAUUCGCCCGAGCACCGCCAUGGCCAGGUGUUCGAGCACCGCCAGGGCCAGGGCCAGGGCCUGUUGGAGAGCCGCCAGGUGGCGCCUCGAGCAGGUCGGCGAUUGGAGGAGGAGCUGCGGCUGCACUACCUGGCGCCAGGUGCUUUCACGGUGCUGCCGCCUGACAGAAGGGGGUAUGCCGAUGCGCCGCCAGCUGCGCCUGAGCCAUACAGGCUCACGCCAGGCACCAAGAGGCACAAGCAGCCCUCCUUCGCCAUCAUAGGCGACGUCAACACCAGCACCAGCACCCCAGCCUCCGGAAGUUCAACCCCAACGGGUCGCGUCAGCCCCUUCAAGGGCCGAGGCUUCAACCCUAUCGGCUCGAGGCAUGCUUCACCUGCCCCUUCCCCCCCGCCGCCGGAGGACGCGCGACUCACUCCCACCAACUUGUCGCCCUCCAAGAUCCCGAUGCCGCAGAAGAGGGGCGCAAACGGGGGGAAUGGGCAGAGGUACGGGGGGAGAAGAAGGAUUAGCAGCAAGCUGAGCCAGAGCUUGUCUGAUCUGGAUGCGAGGGUGGAUCAAGGAACGAAGCAGGGCGCGAGGAGGCAUGCGUAUACUGAGGCAACGGGGAUCCGAAGGCUUUCUCCAAUAAUAGGCAGCUCCCCAGAACCAAGCCAGUCGAUGUCUUCCCCUUCUAGAAUCCCAAGAAGUCAGAGUACUCCGCCAAGCAGGAAACCAUCCCCAUCUAGAAUUAACUCCUCCAUCCUGAGCAAACCACCAUUAUCCACCUCUUCUGUGGUACGCUCCCGCAGCCAAUCCAGAACACAGUCCAGGAACUCUUCAAGAAAUCCAUCACGAACUGCCAGUAGAGAACCCAGUCCGACGAAAGCUCCAACAUCACCAUCCAGAAUACCCUUAUCUAAAUACAAAAAUGUCCAAGCUAAAGUGAACUCUUAUAACAAUCCUAAACAAAAAGUGCUUCCUAAACCAGAUGUGUCUAGUGAACAAUCUGAUUCUGAACCAGCCAAACCAAAAUUCACCACUCUAAGCAGAAAAGGAAGUGUCAACAGAAUGCGAACUGAUUCUAGACCAAAUUUACUACCUAAAACAGGGAACUAUAGCAAGAACAACUACAAUUCGACCAGUGACAGUUCUGUGAGUACCGCGAAUACUAGAAACUCGGGUAAAGGUAAAAUUAGUAAAAGUGUCGCAGGAGCAGUUCCAAGUAAUAAUAACAAUUCGCAAAAUAAGAGUAUAGUGACUAACAGAGACCAAGUGAACGAUAAAAAUGAUAAUAAGGAUAACUCUGAUAAAUCUAGUAGCGUAAACUCUAUAAAUAUUAAAAAUACUAACAAUGUUGAUACAAAUAAAGCUGAAAGUGAAACUAAUAGUGGACCUACUAAGCUGAGCACUUCGCCAACAUCCAAAGAUGAAGUUAUCCCUAAAGCAAACACAGAAAUCAAACCAGAAACUGUACCGUCUACAGCAACAGCAGUUUCGAGUACCACAUCUACCGUAGUGAAACCUCUGAAAAUUGAAACGAAUCUGAACUAUAUCGACCACGUUGAGAAACCGCAACCUAGAUCGCCCAUGAUAGAUGGGCGCGUACUUAGCGCCACCAGCGUCUCCAAUGCGAUGAACAAAAUGAACGACACUGUUCUGGAUACGCAAACCUUGAUGAGAGAACGCGGAUUCUCCAAGCUAUCUCCUGCAGCUAACGCUGUCAUAUCUGUGGCCAACGAGGCCAACAAGACGAACAACAACGCAGCUUUCGAUACGAAAAACGCUACCACAGCCUUACCAACAGUUGAGCCGCUCCCAAAGAACGGCGACAAAGUGGUAACGAAUCACGUGACCAACAACUAUAAGCAGAUCGAACACGUGCUCAGCUCCAAGGCGCUGGAACUGGAAGUACAGAAACAUAUCCAGAAGCUGAUCACUCCAGAGCGCAAGCUGAGCAGUAACGGCAGAUCUGUGAUCACUACUGAUGUACAACCCAUCCAGAUAAUGGUGCGAGAGAAACCUUCGGAUGUCGAAGUUCAGAGUGGCAACAUCAGGCCAGUCGUUAACAUUUCGAAUGGAAUAAGCGAAAGACCGGGUUUACCUCCUGGUCAAGCUACUCCUCCAAGCGAACCAGAAAAAGAGCCUCCUCCGCAAAAUGCUUGCACCAAAUUAUUCGCAAAUUGCAGAAGCAAAAUGUGUUCAUGUUGUACAAAACAUAAGAACAACAAAGUCGCAGACAAAACCAAAAGUAGAGUCGGAUGCUUCGAUUGCUUGAAGAAGAAGCAAGCCCCGGCCAGGAUCGUUAUCGAAAAUGAAACAGACAAGAAACCGAAGCUGCUGGAUAGACUCAACUGCUGCAAAUCGCAGAAGGUGGGAGAUAUGAACUGCUUUCCCAAAGGAAAACGGAAAGAGAGUUGGGCUGAAAGGAGAGACAGCAUUUUGAGUACUCCUACUCCUGCUGCUUCCAGAUCGACUAACUGUAAGAACAUCCUACGAAAAAUGUUCUGCAUCAACUUGUGUUGCAAGAGAAAAGGAAUCGAAGAACUUGUACGCAAACCUUCUGUUGUGAGCAAGAAGAAGAGUUUGACACCGACCACAGCACUACCACCGGAAGAUACAUCGCCUAAAAUUGACUUGAGCUUGGUAGAACACUCUUCACAUAUGAGAGCAGCUAUUCCUAUUCUUCCUAUAUGUCUGGCAUGGUUUUGUUUGGUCAUGAACUGUAUAGCUCCAGGAACAGGAACAAUUUUCAGUGGGAUGUUUUGUCUGUGUGUCGGCAUACCAAGAUUUUCACAAAAAGAUGGACCAAGGCCUAGGAUAGGCUCAUUUUUGAUAAAUAUUAUAAUAGGUGUCGGACAGUUUUUCACAGUGCUGUUUUGUUUGGUUGGUUGGGGAUGGUCUAUAUGGUGGGGAGUCAUAAUGCUGAAGAUUGCAAAGAAGCAUAAAAGGUUCAAACAUCUAGAAGCCAUCGAGCAAGCUAGUUCAAUGCCUCCAAUCAAUCCAAAUAAUCGACAACUUGGUCAACAAAAGCGCACUUGAAUAUUUUUUCGAGUUCAUUCUAAACUAUUUUUCAGAUCAUAUUUCAACCUCAUAAGGAAUUUAAUUAUCUUUCCAUUCGAAGCUCAACUUACUGUGGAAAAACAAAUUAAUUUGAUGAUGUUAUUUAGCCGUUUGAGUAUAGUACCUACUGUGUGUGUCUUGGCUUCACGUGUAACCACCAUCGUCUGUUGGAUCAGAAUGAACGAUUCAGAUAUAUUUUUCAUUCAAAAUGUUCGAUUCAAAAAUUUUUCGGGUGGCGGAAAUUUGAUCGAAAGACAAAUGAUAAAAAAACAUUUGAUAGAAGUCUUUUGAUCGAAAGUGUUUUUGAUAGAAAUGCAUUUGAUCGAAUGUUUUUCGAUCGAAAAUACAUUUGAUAGAAACAUAAAUGAUAGAAAAUACAAUUGAUAGGAAAAAUAUUCGAUAGAGAAUACACUUGAUAAAAACAGCAUUUGAUAGGAAAUUCAACGGGGCUACACUCAAGUUAGGUCAGUACGUUUGUGAAGAAGGAGCUAGAUGGAAAUCGAAGCUUAUGAAUUUAUUGAUACCACAAACUUCUAGCUUCUUCUUCUCAAAUAUAUAAGGAAGGAUCAUAUCUUCACAAACGAACUGACCUAACUUGAGCGUAGCCCCGUUGAAUUUUUUAUCAAAUGCUGUUUCUGUCAAGUGUAUUUUCUAUCAAAUAUUUUUUCUAUCAAUUGUAUUUUCUAUCAUUUAUGUUUCAAUCAAAUGUAUUUUCUAUCAUAAAACAUUCGAUCAAAUGUAUUUUCGGUGAAAAGUUCUUUCUAUUUUUUGAUUUUCGAUCAAAAGACUUCUAUCAAAUGUUUUUCUAUCAUUUGUCUUUCGAUCAAAUUUCCGCCACCCAUCUAUGCUAGAUGGUCUAUGAAUCGAGUUUGAUUCAUCAUUUCAUUGCCUCUUGUGAGAAUUACCUCACAGGAAAACUAUAUAUCAGGCGUAAUUUUAUUUUGGAAACUAAUUACAUUUUCCAUUUUUUGUCCAUGUCUCGAAUUCCUGUACCCGUAUACAGGGUGGCCAACUAAGACUCCAGAGUUCGAUACCUCUGGUGUCUUGAGAGAUACAAUAAAAAGUUUCGUAUCCAAUUUGACUUGAUAACCGAGCUUCACAUUUCAAAAUUACAAAGGUCACAGCACAUCGAAGUUAUGUUGUUUUCAUUGGAAC